GUUUACAGGGGGCUCUGGAGGGACAGGGAGGUGAUCAUCAAGUGUGGCAUUGAGGAAGCCCUGAGGGCAGACAGCCACCCGGACGCUGUGCCCCGGAGGGACGUGGUGCUCUUCGACAAACCCACACGGGGAACGUCGAUGGACGAGUUCAAAGAGAUGCUCCUGAACUUCCUAAAGUCCAGCCUGGGAGACCAGUCGUCUCUGGCAGCCCUGGUGAGCCGGAUCAUCGCCAUGGCCGAUGUGAACCGCGAUGGGAAAGUGUCUUUAGCAGAGGCCAAAUCCAUCUGGGCGCUACUUCAGCUCAACGAAUUCCUUCUCACGCUCUCCUUGCACGAGAAAGAGCACACCCCCAAACUGCUGGGGUACUGCGGGGACCUCUACGUCACCGAGAAGAUCCCCCACACCUCCCUCUACGGCGUGGACGUCCCCCCCUUCCUCCAGUCGCUGCUGCCUUCGGUUGUCCACCAGAUGGUCCAGCAGUGGUUCGCACCGGCGUGGCCGCGGCGGGCGAAGACCUCCAUCGGCCUCCUGGAGUUCGUGGAGGAGAUCUUCCACGGGACCUACGGGAACUUCUACAUCUGCGAGACCAGCUUGAAGAACGUGGGCUACAACGACAAAUACGACUUCAAAAUGGUCAACCUGAGGAAGGUGGCGACGGAGAUGAGCAUCCGAGGGUUCCUCAAGGGCCGUCACUGUGAGCAGAACGUGGACUGCACCUACGGGAAGGACUGCACGGCCACCUGCGACAAACUCCUGAAGCAGUGCAAAAGCGAAGUGGUGCAGCCCAACCUGGCGAAGGUGUGCGGGCUGCUGCAGGAGUACCUGCUGUCCGGAGCCCCGCUGGAGCUGAAGGAAGAGCUGCAGAAGCAGCUCCGAACUUGCAUGACCCUCAGCGGCUUGGCCAGCCAGAUGGAAGUGCACCACUCCCUCGUGCUCAACAACCUCAAGACUUUGCUUUGGAAGAAGAUUUCCAACACCAAAUAUUCCUAACGGGGGAAGCACGGCCCUGGAGUUUAGCAUCUUGGAGUAAAGUCCGGCCAAGGGUUGAAAGCCUGUUUCUCCAUCCGCUCCCCGGCAGGGAAAUUUCCACCCUCCGCAGGGAGUUCAGCAUCGCCGCAGCCCCUUCUCCUUCAUGGAAAACCGAGCAUCAUGACUUCCACC